AUGUUGAUUAGAUCAACCACUGGAGUGGCCCCAGCUCCAGAAGGUGUAACGCCGGAUUUCAAUGACUCGAGUGGACACUUGAAAACCACAGGCGAGACAAUAGCUGCAGUUGCGUUGACUCUUAGUACCUCUUGUCUCGUGAUGCGAAUCUAUACAAAAAUGCACCUCCUUCGGAGGUUCUGGAUAGAUGACGAUGGUUAUUCCCAUUCUGGAUAUGGCAUUCAUAUUUGGAACAUUACUGUGUCUCGACUGGGCAGUUAUGAAAGGACUAUAUUGGCAGCAUCUGUUAUCUACGUUCCUGCGCUUGCAUUAGCUAAAUUGGCACUUCUCAUGCUCUACUACACCUUACUCCGCACUGUGACACAUGUAUGGAAGUAUAUAAUUUUCGUGAUUGCAUUUAUUAUUAUCAGUUAUACUAUUGCUUUUGUCCUUGCUAUCAUUUUUGCGUGCUCGCCGCUUGCAAAAUCCUGGGAUCCCACAAUAACAACAGGAUCCUGCAUCAAUCUCCAUUCCGUCUAUCUAACAAUAGUCAUUACGAACACAACAAGUGAUGUGAUUAUAAUCCUAAUUCCGGUUCCGAUUAUACGAGAAUUACGACUACCGUUCCUACAACGACUUGGUGUCAUCUGCCUGUUUGGUAUCGGAGGCCUGACCAUUAUUACCAGUAUCAUUCGCAUAGCCACGCUGAUACCGUUUCUCGUCUCCGACGACCAAACAUACACGAUUGCCGUACCUAUUGUGCUUAUUUUUAUUGAAGGGAAUUUCAUUAUAAUAUGUGGCUGUCUACCUUAUUUACGCCAUUUUCUUCGUCACCAUCCUCCGAGACGGGUUCGCGGUAGCAGGCUGGGUGGAGAACAUCCGGCGGACAGGUCUUCACCGGGCACAUCUAUGCGACGAAAGCAUGGCCUUACGCAGUUACAGAAUGAUAUCGAACGAGCAAUGACCGUUGAUGAUACAGCAUCUGAUUCUCGCACGGCAGCACAAUAUUGGCGAAGCAACACGUAA